AUGGCGACCCGUCAAGUGCCCAUGCUCUCUCUCGAAGCCGCCAAAGUCGCCGCCGAAGCAGCAGAAGCCAAAGCCAAAGAAAUGGGCAUGGACUUCAACAUCGCCCUAGUAGACAGCACCACGCACCUCCUCCACUUCACCCGCAUGCCGACCGCCAAACUCACCUCGAUCCAAAUCUCCAUCGACAAGGCCUUCACGGCCGCCGGCCACCGGGCUCCAACCUCCACUUAUCAAAACAAGAAUUUCUUACCUGGCGGACCGGCGUUCGGGAUCCAUAAUUCGAACCAGGGCAGGUUCUCGAUUAUUGGCGGGGGCGUGCCGAUUGAGGUUGACGGGACGGUGGUCGGGGCGAUUGGGGUUAGUACGGGGACGCCGGCGCAGGAUAUGGAGGUUGCGAGGGCGGGGGUGGAGGCGGUGGAGGGGUGGGUGAAGAGGAGAGGGGCGAGUAAGUUGUGA